AGUUGAUAAGAUUCUUUAGUCACUUUAUUUGUUCCUUGAUUCCUGCGUGAAAGUGAAUCUAUAUAUCUACCACUAUCAAACUCCUAUCAUUCAAGUAACUCAACAAUGGGCGAAGCAACCCCUUCCGCCGCCGCUACCACCACCACACCACCGCAACAACCACCACAAAUAACCACUCCCACAAAACACGCCAAAAAAUUAACCCUAAUCCCUCUAAUAUUCCUCAUCUACUUCGAAGUAGCCGGCGGCCCAUACGGCGAAGAACCCGCAGUCCAAGCCGCCGGCCCUCUCUUAGCUCUCCUCGGCUUCCUCAUCUUCCCAUUCAUCUGGAGCAUUCCCGAAGCUCUAAUAACCGCCGAAUUAACCACAGUUUAUCCAGGAAACGGUGGUUUCGUAAUAUGGGCCGAAAAAGCUUUCGGCCCAUUCGCAGGCUGCCUAAUGGGAACCUGGAAAUUUCUCAGCGGUGUCAUCAACAUAGCAGCCUAUCCUAUCCUCUGCAUCGAUUACAUGGAAAAACUCUUCCCAGUUUUCGGAUCCGGUUGGCCUCGGAACAUCGCGAUUCUCUUAUCAACUCUAACGUUAUCUUUUGUCAAUUACACUGGUUUAACAAUAGUUGGUUAUGUUGCAGUUGGCUUAGGAGUUGUUUCAUUAGCACCGUUUAUCUUAAUGUCACUCAUUGCUAUUCCUCAGAUUAGGCCUCAUAGAUGGAUUAGUUUGGGCCAAAAGGGUGUUAAGAAAGAUUGGAAUCUUUUCUUCAAUACACUUUUUUGGAACUUGAAUUUCUGGGAUAAUGUUAGUACUUUGGCAGGUGAAGUUGAAGAGCCAAAGAAAACAUUUCCUCUGGCUCUUCUUAUUUCCGUUGUUUUCACUUGUGUUUCGUAUUUGAUUCCGCUUUUCGCGGUUACUGGAGCAGUUAUCGUGGAUCAAAGUCAAUGGGAGAACGGAUUUCAUGCUCAAGCGGCCGAGAUCAUUGCUGGAAAAUGGUUGAAAAUCUGGGUUGAAAUCGGCGCUGUUUUAUCAGCAAUCGGGCUAUUCGAAGCUCAGUUAAGCAGUAGUGCUUAUCAGGUUUCUGGUAUGGCAGAAAUUGGAAUUUUACCUAAGUUUUGCGGAGUUAGAUCAAAAUGGUUUAACACUCCUUGGUUGGGAAUCUUGGUGUCUACAUUGAUAACAAUUGCGGUUUCUUAUAUGAAUUUCAUUGAUAUUGUAUCAUCUGCAAAUUUUUUGUAUAGUUUGGGUAUGAUAUUGGAGUUUGGUGCUUUUCUUUGGUUGAGAUGGAAGAAGCCAUUGAUAGAGAGACCUUAUAAGGUUCCAAUGAAUAUGCCUAUGUUGGUGGUUAUGUGUUUGGUGCCUUCUGGUUUUCUUGUUUUCAUUAUGGCUAUUGCUACUAAGAUUGUGUUUUUGGUUAGUGGUUUGAUGACUGUAGGUGGGAUUGUUUUUUUCUUGUUUGUAAGAUUUUGUAAGAGGAAGAAUUGGGUUAAGUUUGAGAGUAAAAAGGAUGAUGAUGAAGAUAAGUAUGAUGCAGUGGCUAAUUUAUGAUAUAGUUAGAAUUUUAUUAUGAUUUUUUAGUUGUAAUUGUAUUAUAUUAUCUUUGCAUAGAAAUAAAAUGGAAAUAUUUUGGAGU